AUGUUCAGUCGUGUCAAAACCCUCCGCACGGUCCUUGCGACCGCGUACAUGCUUCUUGUCAUCCUUACCAUCCCCCUCGCGUUUGAAAUCGGCGGAUUGGAUUGCGGAUUCACCUACACCAUCAUUAUCAAUGCGCUCUACUUUGUGCUCACCACCCUCACCACCAUCACUCGCAACCGCUACACACUCCUCUCGCUCCUCUACUACUGCCAGCACCUCAUUCUCCCGUCGAUCCUUUCGCUCGUCCUCAGCCUCUACACUGAAGGAAGCCCGUUUGCGCUCCAAGCUGAGUCGUCAUGGUCACGUGUGGUGCUCGAACCGUGGAAGUACUUUGUGACAAACUCCACGCCGCUCUUCACCAUCUCUGAGGGUCUCUGCUCGUUGCUCCUCAUCCAAACGAUAGGUCAGGCUACUAACUGGCUCUCCAAGCACAAAUCCGACUCUUACCUGAUCCUUGCGCUCCUCAUCUCGAGUGUCACCAUUACCGCGUCCGUCUACUUCCUCUACGAGAUCUACGUCUCACCGGUGCUCAAUCUCUCCCAGGAGAUCACCGUGCUCCAGGCGUCCAUGCUCGGCUCCAUCCUCACUUAUACUGGCGUCGUGGGCCUCUACGGGAUCCUCCUGAAGAACGGCUCCACCAUCGAAAGCUCGCUCCUUUUCGCCUACAUCGUGCGGUGCAUCUACGAAAUCUUUCCUGAAAUGUCACAGGACGUGUCGUCGAUGAUCGCCGCCAUGGUCAAUACCGCAUCCCAGAAUAUCCAGGGUAAUGGCUACCUCCACCAACUAUUCCAGACGCUCUAUGCCCCGUACACCGCAUCUUCCAGCACACUUCUCCACCAAGCGCAGCAGAUGUGUGUCAACCUCACGAGUACCUUCCCGGGCCUGUUCGCCACGGUUCUCCAGUUCUCGCGCAUCGCGGUCUCCACGUUGAGCCCGUUGAUCAUCCUCAACCUUGCCUACCGCAUCGGUGUUUUCUACGCAGCCACCCGCAUCAUCCCCAUCUUGUCUUAUUCCACUCCAUCCUCCCCGUCGCUCAGCGCCGCCUCUUCCAGCACUCUGCUCAACCGCCAUACCCUCUCUAAGAAACAAUUAUCCACCAACAUGAACUUGCUCUAUGCUUACGCCCCGUGCAUCGUCAUCGCCGUAUACACCCAUUUGAUGGUGCAAUACUAUUCGGGUGCCGUGGCCACGCACAACCAGUUGCAGAUCUGGCCGCCAACCGUGCUGCAGAGAUUCCAGUACACCUCAGAGUUCUUUCGCAAUGAUUCUGUCAUCGUGGUCAACUCCUUGCAGUUCUGGCAGUGGAUGAAUAUUGUGAUUACGUUGGUGACAUACUCGUUAGAGUUGGUGGGGAACGGGAAGAAGGGUGGGAAUAGAAACCAGAUCCUCGAUCAUCAUAUUACUGCAACUGUUUCGUCAUUUGAGAAAGAAAUAAAGGAUGAUUGGAAGGACUAA